AUGCUAGGAUUAGGUGUGCGACGACUCAAAGCACGCCCCUCGCUGCUUGAUUUGAUUGCGCAUCACGAAGGAGACGAACAGCCAGUCGGUUCGAGGUCGUCAUCACCGCCUGGACUAGACAGCCCGCAACUGCCACCGCUCCCCGUGUCGCCCACUUCAUCAUCCUGCAGCGACAGCUCCUCCUCCUCUUCUUCUCCUCCUUCCCCCAUCCAUCCCUCCCCCUCCCCCGCGCUGUCCACUCCUGUCAUUCACCUCCCUGCUUCACGCACCAUGGCCCCCUCCGCUGAUGCUGGCGAGAGCCAACAUGGUUCCGUCUUCUCCGUCUCCGGUCCCGUCGUCGUGGCCGAGCAUAUGAUCGGCUGUGCCAUGUACGAACUGUGCCGUGUCGGUCAUGACCAGCUGGUCGGAGAAGUCAUUCGGAUCGAUGGCGAUAAGGCCACCAUUCAGGUCUACGAGGAGACAGCUGGUUUGACGGUCGGCGACCCCGUUACACGGACAGGAAAGCCCCUUUCGGUCGAGCUGGGCCCCGGUUUGAUGGAAACGAUCUACGAUGGUAUUCAACGGCCCCUGAAGGCGAUCUCCGACCAGUCCAAGGGUAUCUACAUCCCCCGUGGUAUCGCGGUUAACGCCCUGGAUCGUGAGAAGAAGUGGGACUUCAAGCCCGGCAAGUACAAGGUCGGCGAUCACAUCACCGGUGGUGACAUCUGGGGUACCGUUUUCGAGAACAGCUUGGUGAACGACCACAAGAUCAUCCUCCCUCCCCGCGCGAGGGGUACCAUCACCCGCAUAGCCGAGGCGGGAAGCUACACUGUCGAGGAGAAGCUGCUGGAAAUCGAGUUCAAUGGAGUCAAGACGGAACACAGCAUGAUGCACACCUGGCCUGUCCGUGUGCCCAGACCGGUCAACGAGAAGCUUUCGUCGGACGCACCUUUCAUCGUCGGUCAGCGAGUGCUGGACUCCCUGUUCCCCAGUGUUCAGGGUGGUACUGUCUGUAUUCCUGGUGCCUUCGGAUGUGGAAAGACUGUCAUCUCCCAGAGUGUCUCCAAGUUCUCCAACAGUGAUAUCAUUGUCUACGUCGGUUGUGGUGAGCGUGGUAACGAGAUGGCUGAAGUGUUGAUGGAUUUCCCCGAACUUUCUAUUGACGUUGAUGGCCGCAAAGAACCCAUUAUGAAGCGUACCUGCCUGAUCGCCAACACCUCCAACAUGCCUGUCGCCGCCCGUGAGGCGUCCAUCUACACCGGUAUCACGAUCGCUGAAUACUUCCGUGACCAGGGCAAGAACGUGGCUAUGAUGGCAGACUCCAGUUCCCGCUGGGCUGAGGCUCUUCGUGAAAUUUCCGGUCGUCUAGGAGAGAUGCCGGCUGACCAGGGUUUCCCUGCCUACCUGGGUGCCAAGCUGGCUUCCUUCUACGAGCGUGCCGGUAAGAGUAACGCUUUGGGUAGCCCCGAGAGAAUUGGUAGUGUCAGUAUUGUCGCUGCCGUCAGCCCUCCGGGUGGUGACUUCUCGGAUCCCGUCACCAGUAGUACCCUGGGUAUUGUCCAGGUGUUCUGGGGUCUGGACAAGAAGUUGGCUCAGCGUAAACAUUUCCCGUCGAUCAACACGUCGAUCUCUUACAGCAAGUACACGACGGUUCUGGACCGGUACUACGAAAAGCAUCACCCCGAGUUCCCUCGCCUGCGUGACCAGGUCAGAGAGCUUCUGACCAAGUCGGAGGAUCUGGACCAGGUCGUGCAGCUGGUUGGUAAGGCCGCUCUGGGUGACUCCGACAAGAUCACCCUGGAUGUGGCUGCCAUGGUCAAGGACGACUUCCUGCAGCAGAACGGUUACAGUGACUACGAUCAGUUCUGCCCGCUGUGGAAGACCGAGUACAUGAUGAAGGCGUUCAUGGGCUACCACGACGAAGCCCAGAAGGCGGUUGCCCAGGGCCAGAACUGGUCUAAGGUUCGUGACGCCACCACCGACAUUCAGAGCUCUCUCCGGAGCAUGAAGUUCGAGGUGCCGACCAACGAGGCGGAAGUCUCCGAGAAGUACGAGAAGAUCCUCCAGCAAAUGUCGGAGCGGUUUGCUUCGGUGUCGGAUGAGUAG